AUUAGGUGUGGGCGCUUACUUCCGCAUCCCAUGGGACGUCCGCUUCUGACCCCAAGAUCAAAAACAAUUCUUGCGAAGGCGAAAGCAUCACACUAAAUAGAAGCAGAGUUUCAUCAAAGACGUUCAUUCAGAGCUGGGAUCUCCUGGCUGCAAUGCAAGACUCCUGCAAUCACUAUUAUCGCGGGUGGUACCAAAUAAACCAGAAUCUGAGGUACAGUCCGCUAUUGGAGUGUCUGCUCAAAACUGAGUAUGCAAAUCGUAAAUACGACCACAUCAAGAUUUGGGACGUAUUCGAAGUAAGAGUUAUGGACAUACGCGAGAAGAACCGGGUUGACAGGGGUUUUAUAGACAGAGCUGUGUGGGAGAGAUAUCGUCUUUGCUAUUCAGCCUCAAUGAAGAAGCUAAACAGAGUCUUCGCGUGCACAACAUACAAAAGGAAAGGGACGGGAUUGUACCACGAACAUUAUACUCCGAUGUACGGAUGCGCAUUUGACAGUUCUGAGGAAUUGAGAAAGUUGUUUCGUGCAGGAAAAUCUUUAAAGUAGACCUUUGAAAUGUUGAACAUAGUUGAUCUUCAUGACAUCUUCGCGCAAUAAUGGGAAAUAAAAUUUCAUCAACGGU